AGAUAUUCUGUAAAGAAGUCCCGGAUGUUGGCGGCAAGUCUCUAAAUUCAAAAUGGCGGAAACAAUCGCAGAAUUUGUGUCCGAAAAGGUAAAUAAGAUUCGGUGGCGGCCACAGGGACCACAGGCACUGCAGCAGUCUGACGUUUUUGUGUCGGGAAGCUGGGAUAAUGAGGAGAACAGAGUUCGGCUUUGGCACCUGCCGGACACACCAGUGAAGACAGAGGGCGUUGCUGCAAAGGGCCAGCUCCCGGCCAGAGCCGUCGAGCCCAGACUCCUGUGUGAGGUGCCCCACCAGGGGGAUGUGAAAGACCUCAAGUUCCUGGAUUAUGACAAAAUCCUGGCAGCCUCUUCCACAGGGAACGUCACAUUGUACAAACAUCACCACAACUCACAGACACUGUCGGUGGGUCAGACGUGGGAGAGUCUACACCACCAUGGUGGGAGGGGCUGCCCCUGUACCGGCCUGGCCGCAACGUUACCCGAUAUCGUCACUGUGGGGGAGGACGGGCGCAUCAACGUGGUCAGGGUGGAUCACAGGGCUCCCAUUAGAACUAUAGAUGAUGCAGACAGCUGUACCCUGAAUGCUGUGUCCCUUAAGGCAUUUGAGGUCAUCACAGUGAACUCUUCAGGACAACUUAAAGUGUUUGACCUGAGACGACCCAGCUCCGAACCAACUAGGAUAUUUCUACUCUCAGGUGAACGCAUCCCGCUGCACUGCCUAGACAAGCAUCCAGGGCAGCCGCACAUCGUGGCGACGGGAGGUCAGGACGGGUCGCUGUACAUGUGGGACCUGCGGCAGGAGAGGCACCCCGUGUCUGCCAUGGACGCACACGCCUGGGACAUGUGGGAGGUCCUGUUCCACCCUACCCACCCUGACCACCUGUUCAGCUGCUCCCAGGACGGCUCCCUAUGGCACUGGGACGUCUCCAUGACGACGGCCACGCCCCUCGCCAUGGCAACACCGACAGCAAGUAGGUCACUGGUAUUUCUCUUGAUGAAAAGGAACAGAUUAAAGUUUAGUUCAAUUUGUGUCCAAUUUUUAGGCACCCCGUUCCCAUCGCGGCUGCCCGCCGCCAGUCAGGCCCAGUCCAGCCCCUGGCUCCUGGCUAAGACAGGGAAGCAGAAGGUGGAAGUGUCCAGUCUCCUGCUGGACAACAUCAUGUCUGUCAACUCUCUGGACAUCGUGGGCAGGAACGUGGUGUGCGGUACGGACGGAGAGGCCAUCUACGUCGUCAGAAACAUCAACAUUCGCUGAUACAUGUACAUAAGUGUCAUUAUCUAAGUCUAAUUUCCAAAACUAAGACCAUAACCAUCUCAGUCAACUUUGGACAAUGUGAGGAGGCAUUUAUUGUGUGGUACAGACAGAGAGGCCAUCUAUGUUGUCAGAAACAUCAACAUUUGCUGAUACAUGUACAUAAGUGCCAUUAUCUAAGUCUAAUUUCCAAAACUAAGACCAUAACCAUCUCAGUCAACUCUAGACAUCGUGAGGAGGCAUGUAUUGUGUGGUACAGACAGGGACACAUGUUGUU